CACACCCUGCUGGUGGUUGCUACUGGACCAUCUUAGGACUGAUUCCCCAAAAAUAGCAUCUCCUCCCUGUCUCCACCAUAACCAGGCCUUGGAAUCGCUUGAGGAGUUUUUAGAAAUCUGAUGCCCAGACCAAUUCAGCGAGACCUUCGGGGCUGGUCUGAGGAAUGUGAAUCGCUGACUAUCUUCAGGCCUGCUGAGCUUAUGUGCCUUUUCCCAGGCCUUGACAUCCCCCCCACCAACCCCAGAAACUCAGAAGUCUCUGGAAGAUCAGAUUGCUUUCUCAGGUGCAGCUAGGAGGCUGGUGCGGAUGGAGAGGGGUGAGAGGUGGUGUGGAACACGGAGCAUGCGCUGUGGGACCUUGGAACUGGACACGGGGCGGAAGCCAUAUAACGUCAGAGUCUAGGAGAUCCUGACAUACCCAGCUCACCACAGCAACGGCCAUGGCCGAGGACCUGGAGGUGUGGAAGCAGGUGUUUCAGGAAUUAAUUCAGGAGGUGAAGCCAUGGCACAGAUGGACCUUGACACUAGACAGAGGCCUUCUUCCCAACACCCUGCAGCCAGGGUGGUCCCAGUACCAGCAGUGGGCCUUCGCCAGGUUCCAGUGCUCCCUGUGCUCUCGUAGUUGGGCCUCUUCCCAAGUUCAGGUCCUUUUCCACAUGCACAAGAGUAAGGAGAAACCCAGGGGCAAGGUGAAGAUGAGGGUCUUUGCCCAGAGAUGUCGGAAGUGCUAUCAGUCUCCAUUUGAGGUUCCCGAGUUCACCAAAGAGAACAUCUCAAGGAUCCUGAAUAACCUGGUGUUCCGAAUUCUGAAGAAAUGCUACAGAGAAGGAUUUAAGUCCAUGGAGGAGAUUCCUACAAUCAAGGAAAUCUCUCUUGAGGGGCCGCAUGACAGUAACAACUGUGAGGCGUGUCUGCAGGGCUUUUGUGCUCAGAGUGGGGUGGGUCCAGCCACCCAGGCACCAGUGUCCCUGGCACUUGCCCCCAUCAGCCCAUCUACUUUCAGGCCCACCAUUCCCAUGCCCACAGCGGGUGGCAUCAGAGUGGACACAGUGAACACCGAGGCCAACAGGGGGAGGGAUUUACCCAGAGAGGGGAGCACCGAGGCCGACAGGGGGAGGGACUUACCCAGAGAGGGGAGCACCAAGGCCAACAGGGGGAGGGAUUUACCCAGAGAGGGGAGCACCGAGGCCAACAGGGGGAGGGACUUACCCAGACCCUGGUACUCAGGGUCCACGCAGCCUUCAAGCCUUCCCACCCACUGGAGCCCGAGAACAAACACCUACCACCACGUGGAGAGACAAGUCCAGGUCACUCCCUGGAAUGAGAGGCUCUAUUCCCACAUAGCCCCAAAUCCCAGGCACAGGUAUUGGAAUGUUUGCUGCUGUUGCAUCAUUCUAGUCAUUGUGGUGGUGAUUAUCGUAGAGAUUAUUCAGUGGAUCUCAACUUGAUGCCAAGUUCAAAGUCAUGUAUGAUGAUCCCACGGAGAGGAAAUUUCCAGAAUAGGUCAAUACGGAGACAAGGGGCAGAUUGGUGACUGCCAGGGGCUGCGGGGAAGGGGAUUAAUCUGUACGGGGCUUUUCUUGGGUGGGAGGAGGUGGUGAAUGGUGAUGAAAAUGUUUGGCACAAGAUGGAGGAGGCGGUGGUACAACACUGUGAAUGUAGUACAAUGGGGUAAAUGCCAUCGAGUUGUUCAUUUUAAAAUGGUUGAUUUCAUGUGAGUUUUAAUGGUUAAUUUAAUGUUAAUUUUGCCUCAAUUAAAUGUUGUUUAAAAGACCUGAAAUUCCACUCAUUCUCUGUAGACAGAAACCGUUAUAGCUCACAGAACCAUCCGGAAAUCUCAUGAGACCCAUGGGUCCUCUCUCCAGAGAAGCUUGCCCAGACCCUGUGACAUCAGUCUGUGGAGGCACUUGCUGUGGUUUUCGUUAGGCUGAAAACCUGGGUCUCAAAGCGGUGGUGUCCACAGGAGGGUCCACAGCUCAGGGCCAAGGCAGGACCAUCCACCCAGGUUGGAGAUAGAGCCUUCAAACUCCAUUUAAUGUUUCUUUGUACUUUACUAAUUCUUGUUGUGUGGCUUAUGAUGUGUGUUGAUGUAUUAGUAGACUGGGACUCGGACACAAUGUGUAAAUAAACAAAUAUACACCCA